CGGGUGGAGUCCCUCAAGCAAACCUCCGAAGGACAACGACCACCUCGCGUGCGAUUGCCCACCAAUGCAAUCGUAUGCCUGCGCGCAAAGCACUCAACAUCGGGUGCUGGAACGUGCGCACACUACUGGACCGGAACUCGAGCGAGCGCCCGGAGCGACGCACUGCACUGGUCGCAAUGGAGCUGGCGCGCUACCACAUCGAUAUUGCGGCGCUCAGUGAAACUCGGCUCGCUGAGCAAGGUAAGUUACAUGAAGCAGGUGCUGGCUAUACAUUCUACUGGGUGGGGAACGCCGCCUCAGCACCACGUGAACAUGGGGUCGGAUUUGCAAUAUCCGAUCGCCUGAAUGGCCAGCUGGUGGGUGAACCAACGGGCAUCAGCGCGCGACUGAUGACUGUUCGCCUGCGACUCGGAAGAGGUAAGUUUGCUACUUUUAUAAGCACGUACGGUCCGACCAUGUGUUAUCCUGAUGACACGCGUGAUCAGUUCUACACUGAGCUAUCCUCCGUGAUACGGUCUGUGCCGAGGAGCGACCGACUAUUUCUGCUGGGUGAUUUCAACGCGCGCGUUGGGCGUGAUGCAUCAGCGUGGACAGAUGUUAUCGGUGCGCAUGGCAUUGGUUCAGCGAAUGCGAACGGUGACAGGCUGCUCUCACUGUGUGCCACUCACGGCCUGACGAUCACGAACACUCGGUUUGCACUGAGUGCGAGUGAUAUAGCAACUUGGACGCACCCACGGAGUGGUCACGCUCACCUGCUCGACUAUGUCAUCGUACGUCAGCGUGAUAUGCGUGAAGUGCGCAUGACACGUGUACUGCGUGGAGCUGAGUGUGGCACUGAUCACAAAUUGGUUCGGACCAAACUGUACAUAUAUUUUCGUAAAUCGAUGUAUUGCACUCCCGCCGUGAAUCGGCGUAAAUUUAACAUUCUCUCCCUCGGCACUGUGGCGAAACGUGCUGAGCUGGAGAAGGCGAUGGCUGCACGCCUGUGUGGUGAUGUGGACUGUAUAGCCACAGUGGGCGACCUGUGGCACCACAUUCGCGACCAGGUGACAGCUGCUGCGGAGGAGACCAUCGGGCGCGCAAACUGUAAGCGGCCUGAUUGGUUUGAUGACAACAAUGUGACGAUUGACGCAUUGGUGUCAGAGAAGAAUGCAGCAUUUGCUGCACAUGUUGCAGACCCCAGUGACUUGGGGAAGAAGAGUCAGUUUCGCAAAUUUCGACGGCGACUGACCCGAGAGCUCCGUCGCAUUAAAAAUGCAUGGUGGACGGAGAAGGCGAAGCAGAUGGAAUGCUACGCCGAACGCCGUCAACACAAGGAAUUCUUUGACUCCUUGAAGGCGGUGUAUGGACCGAGAUUGGAGCCGCUGAGGACACUGAUCGAUGGUAGUUCAGGCGCUACCUGCACCCAGACUGCAGACAUAAUGCAGGUCUGGCGGAAACACUUUGACUGUCUCUUGAACAACCGUUCAGAGAUCGACUGGCCUACAUUGAAUGGCCUGAAGCAGCACGAUGUGAAGGCGGAUCUGGCAGAUACGCCGAGACUGGAUGAGACGCAGAGAGCACUUGCUCAGCUGCGAAACGGCAAAUGUGCCGGAGGUGACGGGAUCCCACCUGAAGUAUUGAAACACGGUGGACCCGCGUUGUUGACUGCGCUGCACCACUUGGUGCAACGCGUGUGGAUUGAGGAGGAAGUGCCUUCUGAGCUGAAGGAUGCCCUUGUGCUACCACUGUACAAGGGCAAAGGUAGCAAGCAAUGUUGCACGAAUUAUCGUGGCAUCAACUUGCUGAGUUGUGUGGGCAAGGUGAUUGCCCGAAUCCUGCUCAAUCGCCUCGUGAGUCAGAUUGUGGAACCAAACGUGGCGGAAGAGCAAUGUGGAUUCCGUUCGGGUCGCAGCACUAUAGAUAUGGUGUUUGCGGCUCGUCAGUUGCAAGAGAAGUGCAGAGAACGACACCAGCCUUUGUACUCGCUUUUUGUUGAUUUCACCAAGGCAUUUGAUACGGUGAACCGCGAGGCACUGUGGCUGGUGUUGGGUAAGUUUGGUUGCCCGCGUAAGUUUGUAAGUUUAAUUGAAUGUCUGCACAGUGGUAUGCGAGCGAGGGUGCAGCUGAGUGGAGAGACCUCUGAUGACUUCGCAGUUGUCUCUGGUGUGAAGCAAGGCUGUGUGUUAGCUCCUGCCCUGUUUAAUAUCUAUCUUCAUGCAAUGUUGUCUUGUGCUUUUGAUGCGGCUUGUGUUUACGGUGUUCGUGUGGAGCACCGUAUUGAUGGUGGGUUGCUGAACAUCCGUCGUUUCGGUGCGAGAACUCUAGUCUGUGAGACAACUAUCCGUAUGUUGCUGUUUGCUGACGACUGUGCGUUGUUUUCACACAACGCGGAUGAGUUGCAGCACAUGACUAGUGCUCUGGCUUCGACAGCGGCCAAAUUCGGGCUCACCAUCAACACAAGCAAAACUGUCUGUCUGUUUCAGCCUUCACCGGAGGUGCAAUCUUCAAUAUUGCCGCAAAUCAGCAUUGGUGCUGAAGUAUUGGAAACCACCUCCCGCUUCUGCUACCUUGGGAGUGUGAUGUCGACUGAUCAGCAGCUACACAUUGAGUUGCGUAAUCGCGUGUCGAAGGCGGCAGCGGCAUUCGGGAAGCUAGAGUACCGAGUGUGGAACAACCAUCAGCUUAGCAUUGGCACGAAGCUGAUGGUGUACAAAUCCAUGGUACUGUCCGUUCUUCUAUACGGCAGUGAAACGUGGACGAUGUACCGUCGGGAUGUGCGAUAUCUCGAGCGGUUCCAUCAGCAGUGUCUGCGACGAAUUCUGCGGAUCGGCUGGGGCGCCAGAGUUGCAGACACGGAAGUGUUGCGCCGAAGUGGGAUGUAUGCAGUGGACUGCAUACUUUUACUGCGACACCUGAGAUGGCUCGGUCAUGUGAGCCGUAUGGAUUCGACGCGAAUACCGAAACAACUUUUAUACGGUCAGCUGAGUAUAGGGAAGCGGCAUGCUGGGAAACCCAAGUUACGUUACCAGGACAUGAUUAAAGUGAGCCUCACACGUUCUAAUCUUGAUUGCAGAUCAUGGGAAUCGAAGGCGGUUGAUCGGCGUGCAUGGCGCGAUCUAAUCACGAAGGCAGUUGCUGAGGUGCGGGAGAAAGCCCUCAUGCAUGCAGAGAAGAAGCGGCAAGUGCGGAAGCGGCAAGCACCGAUGAAUUGUACUCCAUCGACAUCGAGCGCAUUGUGUUGUAGAACAUGCGGUCGCGAGUGCCUUAGUCAGGCAGGCCUAGUGAGCCAUGAGAGAGGUCACUCGGGACCAUUGCCGAAGCGACGACGGGUCCCGCAGUGAACGUAGGCAGCACCGGCGCAGCGUUUGUAGGCACGCUGAAUUCGAUUUACUAACCGCAUGCUUGCAUGCUAAGUCUCUUUAUUUCAGGUGGUGGGUUUUCGGUUCUCUCCUAAUGCCUUUCUUUCUCAUAUAAAUGUCUAGUGGGCCAUGAGCUAGGUCCUUUGGGGCCACUACAGAAGCGACGAUGGGUCCUGCAGAGAAUUACGACGAGCCGGCGCAGCGUUUGUAGGCACGCUGAUUUCGAUUUACUAACCGCGUGCUUGCAUGCUAAGUCUCUUUAUUUCAGGUGGUGGGUUUACAGUUUUUACCUUAAUGCUUUUCUUUCUUAUAUAAAUAUCUCCAUGUACUCUAUUCCAUUAACUUGCACAUAUCGCUUUAGCCAGUUGUAUUCGAUUUCCAU